CUUCAACCUGUGAAGCACAUCUCUUCGGAACAUUCUUCGCUUCGUCACGUCAGCAUUGCACAGUCUCUUGCAAGCGUCCAUUUUCACCGAAUAAACAUUACAGCGUCGAGAUUGUGGGUGUGCUGCAGUAUUUAGCUGCUCCGGCCAUCUGCGUCACCCACUUGACCGCUCUCCUGCAUUGCUACAUCAUUUCCGAAAGUUGUAACACCCUUCGAGGGUCGAUCGCAAGAUGCCUUGCUUUAAGGGCCUUGCGGUCAGUAUCCACACGCCUGAUGGACCGAUUUCCGAAUUUUCCAUCCAGAAGCAAACUCGCGCAUCCCGCAUCACAACGUACAUACCAGUACCACCAGCAAAGGUCCCGUCCGACUCUACAACCGGCCUCCCGGAACAGUCGACCUUCGCAAUCUCAAUCACACUGCUGACGCCAGGACUAAACAUACCGUAUUCGACUCCUAAACCAACACCCGAGGACCCAUACCCACAACCACGAUUCGUAGGCGGAUUGCCUGGACUGACGAGCAAUGGAAGCAAGACUGCUAUGACCCCGCCUUACAUUCCUAGAACUACCAGCCCGAAUGAGACUAUUGCAGCAUACAUCUACUUCGACGGCCGUCAGAAAGAGGAGGUCGCAACGCUACUACGGCGCGGUGAAGAAACAUGGGUAAACUCCAGGUGGGUCGGAGUCCCGGAAUCGGAAGGUGGCGGUCUUGCUGAACGCGAAUUCUUGUUUCGAGAAGUCGGCUUGGAGAGGUGGUUGAACGGAUUGGACUUGGAAGGUGGCAAGCACAAAGCUGAGCGAAUCGAACGACGCCAAAGGAGGUUGGAGAAGAAGCGCAGGAAGCAAGCUGCGUUACAGGACAGUGAUGAUUCGGAUGGUGACAGCAAACAAAAACGGUCAACCAAGAAUGAUGUCCUCGCUUACGGAGGAGUUGGCGGUUCACCGGUUCAAGACAUCCCGGAUGACGCUGGAUUCUUCUCGACCGAUUCCGACUCUGGAGACGAGCCUCCUGAGGCCGAGGCCGCCGGUCAAAUCAAAGUUGCGUUGUAUCGCGUACUCGCUAGUGGUGAGGUCAAACGCGGUGAAUACUCUCCGCAAUUUGACGCGCAUGAGGACGAAGAUGGCAUGGAACAGGAUCAGAACAACGAAGACAUUGAUCAUACAACAAGCUUCGCCAAGCCCAAAACAUUGGAUCCAAAGUCGAUCAGUACGCAAACUGUAACCGGGCUAGAUCCGCCAGAGACACCGUAUGCUGUGUUCACAUUUUUCUACCGUGGCGAAAAACAGCUUCAAAAGAUGGGCAUUCUUCCUACCCCAGAAGUGAACAACACCGCCAAGGCGACCAAGUCAAGACCAGGGCCUGACUAUUCCAAGUUUGGGCCUUUGAAGACCCAUGGCACUAUCGGGUACUCUGGCUACCGUGAUACCGGCGAUGAUAAACGCAAAGCGAAGCGGAAAGACAAGUCUGCCGACACUAUGGAUAGUGACGAUGACGAUGACGAAGCGCGCUUACCCAAGACGAUCGAGGAGAGCGAAUCGAAACAAGACGACGGUCUACACUUAUCACCAGAGGACGCAAGGCGGCAAGGAGAAAUUGCAGACGGAGUGCAAAAGAUCAAGUUGAAAAGAGCACAUUCUGCAGAGCCCGAGAAUGACCCCGCAACGAUCCGCAAAUCUCCUCACCUAAAGACUGAGGAAUCUCGCGCCGGCACUCCUCAAUCUGCAAAUUCAACCUCCGUAAUGGCAGGUACACCUCCGGAGUCGGCACCCGUUCUUCCCGAGACCAGCGAUACUAUCAGCAGCCCAUUCAAGCGUCAUAGAGCAAGCGUGGCCGGGCUCAACGGGUCCUUUGGCGGCAGUCACAAACCGAGCAUGUCGCCAGGACUCAGUGCUCUGACGACUUCCACCGAUGCAAGCCAGGAUGCGGAGGCUGGCCCAUUUCCCGGACCUGAAGCGUUCAGCAGCAUCAAUGCUCCAAAUUCCACGUCGAAUGGAAAUGACUCUACGGGUGUCACACAGUCCGGAUUUACGCCGGGACCAUCGCUUCUGCCCCCUGUGAGUCUGAAGACAGAAGAGAACGAGGAGCUAUGA